AUGGCUUCCGCAGCGCAACCAGCAGAGAAGAAGAAGCAGCCCAGCCCUCUGCGAUCCGUCAUCGCUGGUUCAACAGCCGGUGCCAUUGAGAUUGCUAUUACCUAUCCCGCCGAAUUUGCAAAGACUCGGUCGCAGUUGAACAGACGGUUGGGAGAAGGCCAAAAGCUCCCUUGGCCUCCGUUCGGAUCGCAGUGGUAUGCAGGAUGUACCACUCUCAUUAUCGGCAACGCAGCCAAGGCUGGAAUCCGAUUCGUGGCGUUUGAUCAGUACAAGGCGCUACUCGUCGACGAGAAUGGCAAGCUAUCUGGACCUCGAACCGUCCUUGCUGGUUUUGGUGCUGGUGUGACAGAGUCAUUACUUGCUGUUACUCCCACCGAGAGUAUCAAGACAACCCUUAUCGACGACCGCAAGUCGGCCAAGCCUCGAAUGCGCGGUUUCCUCCACGCCGUCCCCAUCAUCGCCCGCGAGCGUGGCCUCCGAGGUUUCUUCCAAGGCUUCGCCCCUACGACCGCCCGACAAGCCGCCAACAGCGCAACCCGUUUCACCGCCUACAACUUCUUCAAGCAAAUGGCCGAGUCGUACACAGCACCAGGCGAGAAGCUCGGCGUCGUUGGAACUUUUGCCAUUGGUGGUUUGGCAGGUCUCAUCACCGUCUAUGUGACGCAGCCACUUGAUACGAUCAAGACAAGAAUGCAGAGUAUCGAAGCGCGCACGACGUACGGAAACAGCUUCAAGUGCGCCACUAGUAUCUUCAAGCAGGAAGGCGUCCUUACUUUCUGGAGUGGUGCGCUGCCCCGGUUGGCGAGACUGAUUGUCUCUGGAGGAUUGGUAUUUACUGCUUAUGAGCAAAUCCAGGUGUGGUUCACCAAGAUAGACCCAGAGGAGAAGUACAUUUAA